AUGGGUGGGCAAACCUUCUUUUUGAAGAAAAACAAUGUCCGAAAAAAACUAGCCAUUCUCCUUCACAGCUCAGAACCAAACGUUUUCAUCACCACCCACCAACAACCAGAAAACUCCGAAAAUAAUUUUAAUCACCGCAGUAGCAACGCCUCAUUACCUAGCCCAGUCUUGUCUUCAUGUUCAUCACCAGUCUCCUUCAUGUCUCCAAUCAACCAUAUGCCAUCACCCUACUCUGAAUCUCCUUGGACACUUCCACAUGGCAGCAAUGGAGAAGAUGGUAUCAUCUACACUGGCUUGAUCGGGUCUUUGAUACGUGAAGAGGGUCAUAUAUAUUCGUUAGCAUCGUCCGGGGAUUUGUUGUACACAGUUCACAAGUCGAUUGAGUGGAGGAUAAAAUGGUCAAUUCGGAAAUUGCUUCAUCAGUUCACAAGUGGAUUGAGUGGAGGAUAA